AUGGCGGGCGUCGGCGCUCGGGCGGCGGGUGCUGCUCCGCCACACGAAGGACUCGUGAGCGCGCGAUCGCUCCCUGCGUUCCUUUCGGCGUCGCUGCAUCAGGCUGCCGACUUUGCGCUGCCGCUGGUGUUUUCCUUGCAUCAGACACUCGUGACUGCCCCGGACAUUGUCGAGUCAGUGCGGCGGCUCAACAGUCGCGCCAUUGCGCCCGAUUCGAACAACGUUGCGCGCAAGGCCUCGUUCGCCCAGGGCGCGGCACUGCUGCGACUGGAGCUGUCCACCUAUGCGUCUGCUAACCCACGCACGCACGUGUUGCUGCUGCUGGACAUCCGGAAAGCGGUCAAGCAGCGAACGCAAGAGGGCGUUCACGAUGCUGUGCUCUUUCGCGCAGGAUGUGCGUUGCUGGAUCUGUGGCGGUCAAGUCGAUGCAGCGCAUGUUUGUGUAUGUGA